AUGUCGGCCGCCCCACCCGAUGAAUCAGCUCCUCAGGGAAACCUGGAAUCCGUACUGCAUCUCGAUGUUGAUACGGCGAGUAAUAGUGACAGCGACUCGGCAUUCGGCAGCGAGUCGACGGCAUCAACGUCUAUUGCGUCGACAAUUCUGAAUUACGAAUACUCCAAUGGGCGACGCUACCACGGCUAUCGCUCGGGUGCUUACAUCCUACCGAACGACGAACAGGAGCAGGAUCGCCUCGACUUGCUACACCACAUAUUUCUGCUUAUCCUAGGCGGCAAACUCUACGAUGCGCCCAUCCCGCCCGCUCCCCAGCGUGUCCUUGACAUUGGUACCGGCACUGGCAUUUGGGCCAUAGACUUUGCCGACGAGCACCCAGGCGCUCAGGUCAUAGGCACCGAUCUCAGUCCCAUCCAGCCGACAUGGGUACCGCCCAACGUCAAGUUUUACAUUGACGAUGCCGAAUCCGAAUGGGUCUACAGUCACGACGAGGCCUUUGACUUUAUCCACUGCCGUACCAUGUCUGGUAGCAUCGCCGACUGGGACAAGCUCGUUCAGCAGACGUUUGCACACACCAAGCCCGGCGGUUAUGUAGAAUUUCAGGAACCGCUCGCGCUGUGUGAAUGCGACGACGGGACUGUAGACUUGGCAGUCGACAUGUUGAAGUGGCAGGACCUGUGUCUCGAUGCCGCUAAAAAGUUCGGCAGGGACAUCCGCGCAGGGCAUACCCUGAAGCAGAGGAUGACGGAUGCGGGGUUCGUCGACGUACCCAUUGGACCCUGGGCCAAGGAUGCAAAGUUCAAGGAGAUUGGUCGCUACCAACGCGAGCACAUGUCUAUGGGCAUAGAACCCUACACAUUCGGCCUAUUGGGAAAGGUCAUGGGCUGGACUGAAUCCGAGUGCCGGGUUAUGAUUGCCAAAGUGGUUGCGGAUAUCAGGAGAAGGGAUGUACACAUGUAUAUUCCAUUCUACUUUAUACACGGACGGAAGCCGGAGUAA